UCCCUCUCCCUACGCAGCCCUCCGCACUGAAACUGCGGCUGCGCCACCCCUUCUUCAAAUUCCUGCCAGCUCCUCUCUCCUCCGCCUCCCCACGUCGGGGGAGUUGACGUCAGUACGCCGGGCGGCCGCCAUUACAGAGAAGCUGAGCUCUGGAGCUAGAGGGAAAGGAGGAGUCGCUGUCGCCGGCCCCCAGGCACCGCGGAGAGUCAGCGGGCAAAGAGCCGGUCCCAAGUAGCGAGCCCGGCCGCCACCCACAGGCCCCGCGAGAGGCGGUGGCAGUUGUGUGAGUGCGUGCUUGCGGCCGGAGCGGCGGGGAGAGGGUGCCGGUGGGGCCCAGAGGCGGCGGCGGCGGCGGCAUCAUGGACGAGAAGGUCUUCACCAAGGAGCUGGACCAGUGGAUCGAGCAGCUCAAUGAGUGCAAGCAACUCUCGGAGUCCCAGGUCAAGAGUCUGUGUGAGAAGGCUAAAGAAAUUCUUACAAAGGAGUCCAAUGUGCAAGAGGUGCGAUGUCCAGUCACUGUCUGUGGAGAUGUUCAUGGGCAAUUUCAUGAUCUCAUGGAACUUUUUAGAAUUGGUGGCAAAUCACCAGACACAAAUUACUUGUUUAUGGGCGAUUAUGUUGACAGAGGAUAUUAUUCAGUUGAAACAGUAACACUGCUUGUAGCUCUUAAGGUUCGUUACCGUGAACGUAUCACUAUUCUUCGAGGGAAUCAUGAGAGUAGACAAAUCACACAAGUAUAUGGUUUCUAUGAUGAGUGUUUAAGGAAAUACGGAAAUGCAAAUGUUUGGAAAUAUUUUACAGACCUUUUUGAUUAUCUUCCUCUAACUGCCUUGGUGGAUGGUCAGAUUUUCUGUCUACAUGGUGGUCUUUCACCAUCGAUAGAUACACUGGAUCAUAUCAGAGCACUUGACCGCCUACAAGAAGUUCCCCAUGAGGGUCCAAUGUGUGACUUGCUGUGGUCAGAUCCAGAUGAUCGUGGUGGUUGGGGUAUUUCUCCUCGAGGUGCUGGAUAUACAUUUGGGCAAGAUAUUUCAGAGACAUUUAAUCAUGCCAAUGGCCUCACAUUGGUGUCCAGAGCUCACCAGCUUGUGAUGGAGGGAUAUAACUGGUGCCAUGACAGGAAUGUAGUAACAAUAUUCAGUGCUCCAAACUAUUGUUACCGUUGUGGUAACCAAGCUGCAAUCAUGGAACUUGAUGAUACUCUAAAGUACUCCUUCUUGCAGUUUGACCCAGCACCACGUAGAGGUGAACCACAUGUUACUCGUCGUACCCCAGACUACUUCCUGUAAUGAGAUUUUAAACUUGUACAGUAUUGCCGUGAACCAUACGUUGACCUAAAGGAAAUGGGAAGAGCAACAGUAACUCCAAAGUGUCAGAAAAUAGUUAACAUUCAAAAAAAAAACUUGUUUUCAUACGGACCAAAAGAUGUGCCAUAUAAAAAUACACAGCCUCUUGUCAUCAACAGCCGUGACCACUUUAGAAUGAACCAGUUCAUUGCAUGCUGAAGCAACAUUGUUGGUCAAGAAACCAGUUUCUGGCAUAGGCUAUUUGUAGUUACUUUUGCUUUCUCUGAGAGACUGCAAAUGUUAAGAUGUAAACAUUAACACCUCGUGAAUACAAUUUAACUUUCCAUUUAGCUAUAGCUUUACUCAGCAUGACUGUAGAUAAGGAUAGCAGCAAACAAUCAUUGGAGCUUAAUGAACGUUUUGAAAAAUAAGUACCAAGGCCUCCCCUCUAUUUGUGAGUUUUGAAAUUGUUUUGUUUAUUUUCAGGGAAUACUGUUUAAUUUAAUUGUAUGAUUUGUCUGCACUCAGUUUAUUUCCCUUCCCAGCCUCAGCCCUACAUUGUUCUUUGUUAUUGUCAGAUGCUGGUGAGUUGUUUUGAACAGAACUGUUUUUUUUUCUGUAAGAUGUUACUGCACAAGAGCGCUGCAGUGUUUUUCAUAAUAAACUUGUGAACUAAGUACUGAAAAAAAUGUCAAAAUUUGAUUGUAGCAAAGGGCAGACUGGUGCUGUUUUAUUCAAACAAAGAAUCAAUUUAUAAAUUGUUGAAUUCCAGGUAAAGAAAAAUAAAAAUCAAGGCCACUACAGAA